GCCGGCUAGCAGCGAGGCAGGGGUAUCAGAGGCUGGGCUCUGGCGAUCCGAUCUCUGGCUCGCCCCGAAAGUCGACCCGCCGGUCUGCUUUCUCUUUGACUGCGAGGUCCCCUCGAGACCUGUCCGCACACUCAGAGCUGGGGCGCGUGCGGCGGGUUCCAGAGGAAGUCAGGACCCCGGGUCCCGGAACUGGCCCUGCCUCCUUCGGUCGUGGGGACACUGGUUGAGGCUUCACUUCCCCGGAGCUCAGCUUCUUCAGCAUAAAAAACGGAGGUUGGGUUAGAGGGCUCGCUCCAGGCAGUGAAAUCCUGUUGUUAAAGACGUGUUGGACCCAGAAAAAGAAGCUAAAGGGUUAGAACCACUGGCACAGGAAAUUAGUAUUUGGGGGCGACAGGGAGGCAGGCAGGUGGCGGCGGCGGUGCAGGCUUAAGGCAGUGAUUCUAAGACUGUGGCAGUUUUGGUUUGGUUAGAAUUGUUCCAUAACUAGCGGUUUAGCUUCAGCAUCCCAUACUGCCUCAGUGUGCGUUUGACGUUUAAACUCCGCUUUCUGGAGAGAAGUCCUUUAACUCCCUUCUGCACGAUAGCUGAAAGUAAGGUUGCUCACCGCCAGAUGGCAGUCUUGCUUCGGCCGCAGAAAGCUGGCGCUUAACUUUCUAAAGCGGUGUAGCGAGCCCUGUUAGCAGGCCAACAGCAGCCGUACGGGGGGUUUUGUGAGAUAAGUGUUCUCAGUAGCCUAUUAGGUAAGGAACCACCUAAGGACCAGGAGCACCAGAUGAAUGAAAUCGGGCUCCGUCCGAAAUUGAGAUUCAGGAGAAAGUGAUUUGCCUCAAGUCAUUGAGUUGAAAAGUGGCAAAGCUGAUGCAGUUGUGUCUAUAUUUUUACAUUCUAGCCACUAAGACCAGCGAUUUUCUCUUUUGAAACGGGAACUCAUAGGAAGGAAUGUGUUUUAGAUGGUGACCCUGUGGGCUGUUAUUUCUUCAUGUCCUUGGUGAACCUUUGCUGGGGGCUUCAUUUAGCCUGCGUUUGCAAACAUUGGCUCUGGCUCUGCUGUUCAUUUAUGUGUGUUUCCUUGAUGGUUUCUCUGAUCACUUUCUCCCUGGAUUGGCUGAAAAACUAAUGAAGUGGUUACAUGAACACAGUAUCCGGUGUGACGUGCUAUUUGUAGAUGUUAGUAAGUCAGAUUGCACGCUCUUGAAGAGGGUUUUUCGGUUCUCUUCUCCAACUGUUAUUCCAAGUUUUCCAAAUUUUUGUCGUGAUGAUGUAUAAUCUUCUGAGUUGUCUUUUUUCAUAAUUUUCUGAAUUUAUUUUACAGCAUCCCCUGCGAUAAGAUGUUUAGGAUUGGUGUUUCUAUUUUAUCUGUUAUGCAGGGGAGAGACUGAGAGCUCGCAUCUGCUGGUACUCUUCAGAUGCUGGGGCCAGGCCAGGCCCGAGGCAGGAGCUGGAAACCCAGUUCAGGGGUCCCGCAUGAGUGGCAGGGGCUCAACCCGAGCCAUCGCCUGCUCCUUCCCAGGUGUAUGUGCAUCAGUAGGAAGUUGGAAUCAGGAGUGGAGCAUUGUCCCAAAUGACAGCGUUACUGCUGCACCGAACACCCAGCCCUGGUGUUCUCAUUUUAGAGGAAAUAGAAACAUUGCAGACGCGCGAGUUCACUGCCCAGCAGUUAAUUCUUCUCUGAUACCUUAUAAAACGUGUCAUUCUGUAAUUCAAGUUUGUAUUCUAUUUUUUUCAGCUACUUAGCAUUAGACAAUGAACAUUUUCCCCUCAUUAAACAUGCUAUGUCCUUUGCAUGUCUCCCACAUGGGGGAAGGGGCCCAAGGACUUGGGGCACCCUCCACUGCUCUCCCAGGCCAUAGCAGAGAGCUAGAUCAGAAGAGGAGCACCUGAGACUGGAAUUGGCACCCAUAUGCGAUGCUGGCGCUUCAGGCCAGGGCGUUAACCUGCCCUGUGCCACAGUGCCAGCCCCUAGCCUGUGUUUCUUUAAUUACCAGAUGCUGUUUUGUUGUCUCUCCCAUGCGUAAGACAGGAAAUAAACAAACUUCCCCCUGUGUUAGGCAAGAAUUUCAUUUCUCACCUUCAAAUUGUGUAUGUAAUUUGCUGUUUUCGAUCCAGAUGGUGUGUUGAUAGUUCUUUUUUCAUAUACGCUCCUUUUUAAGACCAAUUCCUGACACUUGCAAUCAAUACGUUUCUAAUCAGACCACAACACUAAUGAGUUUUGUUGCUCUUUGCCUUAAAAUUUUAUGUUGCAGUUUCCUCAGUCUUGAAUGUGUUUUGAAUAAUUUUUCAACAAGAACACAUCUGUGAUAUAUAUUUUGAGUUCUUGAAUAUCUGAAAAUGUCUGGAAAAAUAAGAAGACGCCUGUCCCUGGCUCUUGAGAUGCAGAGCAGCCUUGAGAACGAGCUUGGUCUUUGCAUAAGCCAUGCAGUACCAGGCACGGAGUGACUGAAAAGUGAUGUCCCUUGCAACUGCUGAAUGGAGGCUUAGGUCGGCGGAAGCAGAAGUGGGCUCUGGAUCCCAGAAACACAGCAUGGAGUAAUGACGACUCCAAGUUUGGCCAAAGGAUGCUAGAGAAGAUGGGGUGGUCUAAAGGAAAGGGCUUAGGGGCUCAGGAGCAAGGAGCCACAGAGCAUAUUAAAGUUCAAGUUAAAAAUAAUCACCUGGGACUCGGAGCGACGAUCAAUAAUGAAGACAACUGGAUUGCUCAUCAAGAUGAUUUUAACCAGCUCCUGGCCGAACUGAACACUUGCCAUGGGCAGGAAACAGCAGAUUCCUCCGACAACAAGGAAAAGAAAUCGUUCAGCCUUGAGGAGAAGUCCAAAAUCUCCAAAAACCGUGUUCAUUACAUGAAAUUCACGAAAGGGAAAGAUCUAUCAUCUCGGAGCAAAACGGACCUUGACUGCAUUUUUGGAAAAAGACAGAGUAAGAAGACUCUGGAGGACGAUCCCAGCCCUAGCUCUCCGGACGGGAACGAAGCCUCCACGACAACCAGCGCCUUCACCAUCCAGGAGUAUUUUGCCAAGCGGAUGGCCGAGCUGAAGAACAAAGCACAGGUCACGGCUCCAGGGACUGAUCUCUCAGAGACCCCCAUGAAACGGAAGAAGCGAAAGAAAAGCAGCAGAGAGACAGCAGACAAAAAUGGAGAGGAGCACCCCCAACCCAAGGCCAAGCGGCCAGAGAAGGGAAAGCCUGAGGGAGAUGGGGACCGCGAGCCAGCGGCCAAGAAGAAGAAAAGAGCAGGAGGCCCCUCUGGGGAUGAGGGUCCCGAUGCUGCUGCCCUGGCUGCAGAGGGUUGGGUGCAGCCAGCUGGAGACCAGGACUGUACCCCAGAGCCCCAGAAAAGGAGAGGAAAGAAACAGCUGCAGCAGCCGGCAGAGGUACAGGAGCCGGUGGACCCUGCCCUGGAUGAAGCCCCAGUGAACAGGAAGAAGAAGAAGAAGAAGAAAGGUUCCAGGUGAACUCUCCCAAGCCAGGGCCUUCCGACCGCUCAGCUGUCAGGGCGCUGCCAGGGCCAACGCCUUUGGCCUGCAGUCAGGGCAGAGCGAACCCCAGGCCAUGUGGGGACAUCUUUCAACAUGCCCGCCGACCGCCGCGUCCCACCUGCUCUCCGCGGUUGUCCCAGACCCUCUUCCCAGGGGCACUUUUUAAAAAGGUUCCAAAUCAUGGCUUUCAUAAACAAAUAAAUUUUUUUUUUAAACUCUGA